AUGCCAUUGCUCACCCUUCUGCAGCAGCCAAUCCAUCAACUCAGCAGCAUCAUCAGUAGUGGGAAAAUCCCAGCCUGCGCAACCGCCGCUGCUCGAUCAAGGAGGACAAAUAUCACCGCCGGCGAAUUUGGAGGCCAACGGGAGUCACAGAAAAGUCAUCGGGAGUCUCCGGAGACACAAUUAGAAGUUGCGCCGAUUCUGGAUGAUCUUCAAGCCAUCGCUGCCGGCACGAUUGCUGAACAGCGAAACAAUGCUGCGGCUUCUGAUCCAACGAGCGUGGGAGAGAAACCAGUUUCUGCUCCUUCUUCGCCAUCAAUUGCUGUCCAAAUCGAGUCCAAUAAUGGAGAAAUAGCUUCAUCGCCAACAAUGAAGGAUGCUCCGGUGAUUAAGGCAAGUCAUCAGAACCCUCCAAUUCCGCAAUGCCCUUCUGGUUCGCAAUCAAGCCGCGCACCAAUCAAGGAAGAAAUGAUGGAUCUUGACUACCUAUGUGAUAGGGAGUUGGUUCAAGAGAGCUAUGAUCAAGAUGAUGAGAAUGUCAUUAAUUUUGGGGUUCAAACCAAAGGGGAUGAUUCACUCAAGGAAAUAAGUGCUCAAGAGCUUCAAGGAAGUUUGACUCUAGGUGCUCCAUGA